AUGGCGCCUCCCACCACACCCGAUGACCGUCGCUUCCCGUAUCGAAUAUCCCACCACUUCCUCCGAAAGAAGAAGCCGGCAGUUCCCCCUGCCACCACCUCCACCUCCGCUACCACCGACACCGGUGAGGCAAACGCCAACCCCAACACACACCGCAAACAAUACUCCUUUGCCCGCCUGUUCUCAUCUCUCAAUCUGCGCAAAAAGAAGAAGAACCCUCUUCAGCGUACCGGUUCCGCACCCCCUCUUUCUCCCUGCGAAGCACAGUCAUGUGCCGUUAAGGGAGGCGACAUCUCGCAACAGCCUGCCCUCAGCCGCCCCCCAUCGUCCCCCGAAACUCCGAGAGACAACAUCACCAAGCUUGGUGUAGACAAGGGCAAAGGAAAGGCCCAGAAUCAAGAUUACAUCUUGCCGGUGAUCCGAGAUACCGGGUUUUACGGCGGCGGUUGGGACGAUGGCAGUAUGCAGGCCACCACCGACGCGAUGCUUGGUGUCCCCCGUCGGAUGCUACACUCGGAGAUGGCGGAGGCCUCCUCUAAUUCCGGGCCGGCGAAUAGCUUGUCUUAUCCCAGUUCUUGGAAUAAGAACAUAAAUACCAUCGACCCCAUCAUGGAGGAGGUGGAAGAGGAGGAGCCCGCCGUUGCUUCGAGAUACUCCACCAGUGCGGUGGGCAGGAUGUCGGUGGAGGCUGUUGGGCGUGCUGCCGUCCAAGUCACCGCGACCUUGGUCAUGGUGGAUACGCAGGUGGAGGGAAUGGCUGCCGAGAUUGUCGGCACUCCCACCGAGGCCACCAUCGAGGCAGAAGCUGGCGAGGAGGAUGUUGGCGAGUCUACUGAUACUGCCUCCCUCAAGACACCUGUCACUUCGGAACUUUUUGUGCCUGGCGCCUGGGUAGACUAGGGGCAAAGUGAGAUUGAAG